AUGAAUCACCAAAGCAAAUGUAUCCCGAUGGAGAUAUUCGGCCUUAUUGCGGCCGAGAGCUCAGACGAGGUGCUCAAGAAUAUUCGCCUCAGCUGCCGCGCUGGUCGAGAAAUAGCAACCCCAAUGCUGUUCCGAUGCUUCAGCGUUCAAACCAUCAAUCAUCAUACAAUAAAGAGGCUGCAAGAAGUGGCGACGCGUCCGCAAAUCGCUUCUUUGGUCAAGAGGUUCGAAUAUCAACCUCGUAUCCGCAAGAGCUCACAUAAUGAGGCUGAGCGUCGACAGCUGAGGGAACAAAACGACCUCCUCCAUCCGCCAAGUCGUCUCGUUGGAGGCCUCGUUACUGCGCUCAAAUCCUUCACCCAACUGCGCCAUAUUGAACUUCAGUAUCCUCCUUUUGGAAUGCGCACGGGAUACAACAACCGUGGUCUCCGCAUCUUGAUAAGUGUGACUCGGAACAUCUACAGCAACAUAUGCCCUCGAUUGGUUUCGUUCCGCGUUGCGGGUCUUUUACUAAUUGACAUACCUCCAACUCUUCCAUCAGAUGCGGACGAUGGCAUGGGAGCUGCUCUCCCGCUUAUUGAGCGACUCGAUCUGGACUUUCAUCCUGGUGACAUGCCCAGCGGCGAGAUGGUGCGCAUUGAACCCAAUGGUGGAUUACGCCGACUGCUCAGUCUGGUGACAAAUCUCACUUCUCUUCGCGUUGGAUUCCAUUUAUUAGAGAGAAGCAUGAGAUUAUUUGACUGGUCAGCGCUACAAUGUACAACGUUGAACACAUUGGAGUUGGUACAGCUAGAGAUGUCAGGAACGUCUCUGGUGACCAUCAUAAAUCAAAAUGCCCAUUCGAUCCGACAAGUCAUUCUUGAGAGUGUAUAUCUCCUUGACGGCACGUGGGCAGCGAUUUAUGAUGAGAUUGCCAUUACUGAGGGGAUCAACGACAUAUCCGAGAUUCAUGGCAGGAGAUAUGUGGAUGGCCGUGACUCUAUCGACACAGAGCUUGACGCUGCUGGUUAUCGCCGGCUGUUCGCGGUGGUGGAAAAACGGAGAGAGAGCCAAGGUUUACCGUCAAUGAGGUGGCCAAUUUCGCCAGCAGGUUUCGUUUAUCAUCGCGAUUUCUCGUACUUGGAAAGUAGCUGA